CUUGUCAACAGCAGAAACAACCUCAAGACCGAGGAAACCAUGUAACUGCACCAAGUCACAGUGUCUCAAACUAUACUGUGACUGCUUUGCAAACGGGGAGUUCUGCAAUAAUUGCAACUGCAAUAACUGCUUCAACAACCUGGAACAUGAAACAGAACGUCUCAAAGCUAUAAAGACGUGUCUGGACCGGAACCCAGAGGCCUUCAAACCUAAAAUUGGCAAAGGCAAAGAGGGCGAAUCAGAUCGUCGACACAGCAAAGGCUGCAACUGUAAACGAUCAGGCUGCCUGAAGAACUACUGCGAGUGCUAUGAGGCGAAGAUCAUGUGCUCGUCUAUUUGUAAGUGCAUCGGCUGCAAGAACUUUGAGGAGAGCCCAGAGAGGAAGACGCUGAUGCACUUGGCUGAUGCAGCAGAAGUGAGAGUACAACAGCAGACUGCAGCUAAGACCAAGCUGUCCUCACAGAUCUCAGACCUGCUCAUGCGGACGACACCUGUUAUUUCAAGUGGAAGUGGGAGGCUGCCAUAUACGUUUGUAACAAAGGAGGUGCUUGAAGCGACGUGCGAGUGUCUGAUUGAACAGGCCAAAAAGGCAGAACAGACUCAUCAGCCUCAGGCCGAAGCGGAGAGGAUGACCCUGGAGGAGUUUGGACACUGCCUCAUGAGGAUAAUCAACUCCGCGGGGAAAGCCAAAGCAGACUGUACCUCCAUCAACUGCUAGGCCGAGCACUCUGGCUCUCCCCACCCUCAAACCCGCCCCAGCUGUGGGGGCCGAGAGGCAUGGAUUAUCCUGCAUUAUGGCUCGGACCCCCCGGGGGUUUCUCUCCUGCAGGGAAACAGGUCGUGUCCCUCAUCAAAAGGCAGAACAAUGGGCUGAAAGAAGAUUCCCCUGCCUUGGGUGAGCUAAGGCCAGCUGGGAUAAUAAACAGGGAACAGACACUGUUCACCCCUCCUCCAGCUAAAGGACAAAUGGACAGAGCGAGCUGCCUCUGAUGCACCCUCAAAACUGUUCUCACCCUUGUUCACCUGGCUGUGAUGGAGAGAAAUGACUCUGAGCAAAGAUGUGCUGAACAGGAAUUAAAUAGUUUCUUCUCUUUAUUUUCCCUAUCAAAUCUGUUUUCUCCAAACUUUGUUCUUCCAUUUUAUUCUAUUUUCCGUUUUUUCAAAAAAAGAAAUGCCUGUACUCUUGACGUAAUCAGUUGUGCUUACAGUAGCCGAACAACAUGUAUCUUUUGAUAUUUAUUUUGACAUGUAUUUGUAAUCAUUGUGAGCGUUAAUAUUGUGUGGCUUAUAGUGCUGCGAGUUGUUAAUUAAUAACCGAGGCUAGGCUAAAUUGUUUCAGUGAAAUUGAGUAGAGGCAGUCUUAGGUUUUUACCCUAAAGGCAGUUGUAAGAUGAAUGCACACACAUAAUAAAUUAUGCACACACAGCAUUGCCCAGAAUAGUUGGAACACGGCUAGAUUAGCUGAAGUACACAUUUCUACUGGUGCUGUUUCCUGUUUUGUUAGUCACAUGCUUACUGUACAUUAAAAACAGUGAAUGGAAAGAGA